CAAUCACAUUGAUCUCGCUGGACUCAGACGCACACAAACAUGCACAUAAAAACACACUGGUAAACACUGAAGAGCUGUUCCAGGAGCAGACCUUCAAGAUGGCUCCUACUCCUCCUCGUCAUCUUCGUCCUCCACCCCCAGUACCAAAGCCUCGAACGGUCCACUUGAUGAACAGCCAGAACUCUGACCCCUCCCAGAACAGAGAAACCAAUGAUGAGAUCAAUGACAUUGGCAAUAACAAUCUACAGCCAAACGGAGUCCAAGUGAAGAAGACAGGUCGUACCAUUUGGUACAUUCCUCUAUCAGCCUAUCAGAGCUCAUAUCAACAGAGUCUAUACCCGGUGUGCAGAGGGUCGGUUUCUCCUGCCAUCGAGCGCUGCAUCUCCCACAUCAGGGAAUUCGGUCUGAAGGUGGAGGGCAUUUACCGGCGCUGUGGCAUCGCCUCCAAAGUCAACCGAAUAGUGGAAGCCCUGGAGACCUCGCCAAACACCGCCCCCCUGGAGGGCGACGAGCAGGGCGUGCUGGAUGCCAGCUCCGCCCUCAAACAAUAUGUCCGCCAGCAGGAGAGCCUGGUCAGUGUGGAGCACAGGCAGCAGUGGAUAAAUGCAGCAGUGAUUUCAGAUGAGCAGGAGAGGUUUAAAAAAUACAGGUGGUUACUGCGGCAGCUACCUGAUGACAACCGGGCAACUCUGAACGCACUGUUUGGACACUUCUACAUGAUCCACUUUUUCUCUGAGGAGAACAAGAUGUCUGCUCAUAACCUGGCCGUGGUUCUGGUCCCAUCUCUGUUUCAGGCUCUGAACCAGGACCUGAUCAAGCUCACCAAAGAGUUCAUCAUCCACUCUGCGCUCCUAUUCCUGACUCCCGAGUUGGACCAGAAGGAAUAGGAAGAAGAGGAGAAGGAGGAGGAGAUCACAUUGUUAUUUUCUGUUGUGGAAUUUUUGGUGAAUCACAGCCAAAGAUGACGAGUCAAGGUGUUGAUGCUGCACAAGGAGGAUUUAUUCAGGAUUGCAGAGGAUGCAUACACAAAUCAGCUGAUUGAGAGCAAGGCUGUUGCUCCGAGGAGAAUCCAGGUCAACUCUGGCAUGACUUCCAGCCAUGCCAUGUCAUAUAACCAGAUCUCACAAGAAUAGCAGACGUUGUUUCUCAGGUGAGAACAUGUUGGUUCUCAUGAGAACAGCCCUGAUACCAAGUGACUUCAGACAAAACAGAGCGUCCAUCGCACUGUGUUCCUGAGAACUUGAAAACAAAGCAUUAUUCCAUAUCAUUUUACAAAAGAACAUUUUUAUUAAAGUAACACACAACGAAGACCCAUAUGAUAGCAACAGAGAGAGAUCAAUUUGCUAAAUCAGGAAGCCCUUAAGUUCAGUCAUUUACUCCCCACAUCCAAGCAAAUAAGUUGAAUAAAAAACACACACAAAAGAACCACCACACUGGCAUUUCUCAUGAAACAAGUACAGCAAAUCAUGACAGCAUUGCAUCAUCACAGCAACAAUAAUUUACAGUAAACCGGUCAGUAAAAGGGCCCCAAGUAGACAUGUAUUGAUCCAGUUUGUCUAGUAGAGAGUACGUCACACUUAAAAGCUGCCAGUUGUGUCAUUGCUGUAGUUCAUACUUCACAAGGGGAUGGAUAUUCUGUCCUCUAGUGUAAUUUUCUCAAUUUUAUUUAAUAAAGUGAGUAA